AUGUACGGUGGUAAAGAAUAUGAUUUUUUUGGAAUUAAAUAAUGCGAUGAAAUUAUUGCACCUAAUGAAUAAGGAGUAGGAGGUCUCUACUUAGGUUAGAUAGGCCUAGUCUAUACGGAUAAAAUUGAAAAAAUGAAAAUCGGAGCUGUCGUCUCUAUUAUUGGCUAUACAGUUGCAAUCGAUUCAUCAAAAAAUGUAAAGCAUUUAUUUAUUUAAGCAGAAGAUGAUGAAGAUGAAGAGAUAAAGCAGCACUUUUAAAUGACUUAUGAUUUUAUACAUGAGAACUUAAAAAAGACAAAUGUAUUCGUUCACUGUCAGAUGGGGAUUUCUAGAAGUUCCUCUAUUGUAAUUGCUUACUUGAUGAAAGAAAAAGGAAUGGACUUCUUAGACACUUUAAAUUUUGUAAGAUCAAAAAGAAGUUGCGUAAGUCCAAAUGAAGGUUUUGUUUCUCAACUUAUAGAGUAUUCAUAAGAUCUGUAAAACUAAAAAAAUAAAAGUAAUCAAUGA